UGCUCCCUCCCUCCUCCCUCCCCUGGGCCUUGCUCCCUGCCCUCCUGGGCAGCCAGGGCAGCAAGGACGGCACCCAGGGAGCUACCCCAUGGACAGGGCCCCACAGAAACAGCACCAAGCCUCGCAGGAGCUGCUGGCUGCAAAGAAGACCCACACCUCACAAAUUGAAGUGAUCCCUUGCAAAAUCUGUGGGGACAAGUCGUCUGGGAUUCACUACGGUGUUAUCACUUGUGAGGGGUGCAAGGGUUUCUUCCGCCGGAGUCAGCAGUGCAACGUGGCCUAUGCCUGCACCCGACAGCAGAACUGCCCCAUUGACCGAACGAGCCGAAACCGAUGCCAGCACUGCCGUCUGCAGAAAUGCCUGGCGCUGGGCAUGUCCCGAGAUGCUGUCAAGUUCGGCCGCAUGUCCAAGAAGCAGAGAGACAGCCUGCAUGCAGAAGUGCAGAAACAGCUGCAGAGGCAGCAGCAGCAGCAGCAACGGGAACAAGUGGCCAAGACCCCUUCUACAGGGGGCCAAGGAGCAGACACCCUCACCUACACCUUGGGGCUCCCAGACAGCCAGCUGCCCCUGGGCUCUUCUCCUGACCUGCCCGAAGCCUCUGCUUGUCCCCCUGGCCUCCUGAGAGCUCCAGGCUCUGGGCCCUCAUAUUCCAGUCACAUGGCCAAGGCAGGGCUCAACGGGGCCUCCUACCACCUUGAAUACAGCCCGGAGCGGGACAAGGCUGAGGGCAGAGAGAGUUUCUGUACUGCAGGCAGCCAGCUGACUCCUGUCAGAUGUGGAUUUCAUUUUGAAGAACCCAGGCAUCCUGGGGUGGGGGAACCUGGACGGGGCCUGGACUACAGCAGUUUCCGUACUACCCCAGAGACUCCACAUGCCUCCCUGACAGAGAUUGAGCACCUGGUGCAGAACGUUUGCAAGUCUUACCGAGAGACGUGUCAGCUGCGGCUAGAGGACCUGCUCCGGCAGCGCACCAACAUCUUCUCACGGGAGGAGGUGAUGGGCUACCAGAGGAAGUCCAUGUGGGAAAUGUGGGAGCGAUGUGCCCACCGCCUCACUGAGGCCAUCCAGUAUGUGGUGGAGUUUGCCAAGAGGCUUACAGGCUUUAUGGAGCUUUGCCAGAAUGACCAGAUCGUGCUGCUCAAAGCAGGAGCAAUGGAAGUGGUGCUGGUCAGAAUGUGCCGGGCCUACAACGCGGACAACCACACAGUCUUUUUUGAAGGCAAAUACGGUGGCGUGGAGCUGUUCCGAGCCUUGGGCUGCCUUGAGCUCAUCAGUGCCAUCUUUGACUUCUCCCACUCCCUGAGUGCCUUGCGCUUUUCUGAGGACGAGAUUGCCCUCUACACAGCGCUUGUUCUCAUCAAUGCCAACCGGCCUGGGCUUCAAGACAAAAGGAAAGUAGAGCAGCUGCAGUGCAAUCUCGAGCUGGCCUUUUAUCAUCAUCUCUGCAAGACUCAUCGCCAAGGCAUCUUGGCAAAGCUGCCACCCAAGGGGAAGCUUCGGAGCCUGUGUAGCCAACACGUGGAAAAGCUGCAAACCUUCCAGCACCUCCACCCCAUUGUGGUCCAAGCUGCUUUUCCCCCACUCUACAAGGAACUCUUCAGCACUGAAAUUGAGCCUUCUGAGAGUCUGUCCCUGUGACCUAUCCUAGAGUCUGCCAGCCCACUUCGAGGGACCCCACUUCCACCUCAGCCUUUUCCUGUCUGGACCUCUCAGCGUGGUCCUCACACCUUCUCUGGGAGUGGGCAAAUGCCAAGACUGGUUUUCUGCCCACAGACUGGCCUAGCAGUGGGACAACAGCAAGAGGG